AUGCUAUAUUAUUAUAUUUAUGUUGUACUUUCGCACGAGCCUAAUCGUAGCGAUUUCUUUUUGCCGCAGCACGCAAAGGAAGUUCUUUGCGAUCCCGAGCAGAGGAGCAACUACGACAAAUGGAGGCGUAGCGGGAUUGCCAUCAGCUACAAGCAGUGGCUUGGAAUGAAGGACCACGUGCAUCAGUCGAUGCACUGGAGCACACCGAAGACGAAGGAUCGCAUGCUGCAGGACGCGUCUGGCGAGGCUGCUGGUUCCCCUGGCCACACCCUGGGCAAGGCGCAGCCGACGAACGCUCACAGAAGAGCCUCGGAGGGUGGCGCAAACAUUUACUAUGGGGCACGCCGUGACCUUGGCUGGGACUCGGAGGCGCCCAGCGAAGUGGUGAACAAGUUCCGCAACUACGAGAUCUAAAACGAGCGGCCAAGCCCUCCUCUAAUUUUCGGAUCGUUCCUUGAUCGACCAAUGAUCGCUCGCUCUGUGUGUGUGUGUGUGUCUAUCUUUUCUUUUUUUUUUUUUUUCUGGGCUAAGUAUAUCGAAUUCUUCAAGGGGAGAACAAAAGAAAAAAAGAGAAACAUCUCGUCUCGUUGUGAAUUUAUUCUCACGGAGAAGAAGAGAGGACGUUUGAAUGGAAUUUUUUUCGUUUCUUCUCUUUUUAAUAUUCGAAUGUUAUUAUUACUCUCUCUGCGUUCGUCGCAUGGAGCGCAUUGAUUUUGUCCGUUCGACUCGACUCGAGAUUUGCGGAUUUGCGAGCGCUCGGGAAGAAAAUAUUUGACGAUCCCGGCACGAGUUUACGUUCGUUAAGUACCCAAGCGGAUUAUCCGCGGAGGAGCCUCUGUUGAAGUCGAUGGCCCUCACUGCGAAUGUAGACUAAACAUGCGGCGUCGAUGAUGGAACGUGGAAUAAAAUUGCGCGCCACGAGAUGAAAGGCGAGCUCGAUGUAUUCGAGGGUCAUGAGAAUUCGAAGUGGAAUUCGCAUCGGCACGAAUGAAACUCACGGAGGAAAUCUUAUUUUCCCCGGGCAAACGGCAAUUUGCAAUAUUAGUUUUCGGAGCGAAUAUUUGUCUCGCUGGGAAUUUUGCCAGGCAUUUGGCAAAAAUGAAAUUGAAAGGUAGAACGUUGGUGGUUAAGGGGGCAGGACAGUUCGACGGGCCUAAAUAUUACGAAUACUUUGGAGGGCUGGUAAAACAAAAGUGAAUGUUUGAUCGACAUGAGAUUUUGUGAUUUAUUUGAACACAUUGUGCAACUAUAAAAUGCAACGUUCGAAAAGAAAAAAAAAAAAAAAGACUUUUUAACGGCAUUUG